GUCACUUUUGUAUUUUAGGCAUACCGUACAAAGGAAGAAAAUUAUUAGUGGUGUUCAACCAUUACGCGCCAUUUUCCCUAUUUUGGAAACCAGUGAGCCGCAACAUAAACAAGCCACUAACGUACUCAACACAGUAACGUAUGUACAAGAGAUUUGUAUCGUCCACUGUGCAAAAGAUGAAGCCCAUUGUAAUUGUCACUGGUAACGCAAACAAACUAAAGGAAUUUAAACAGAUACUUGGAUCUGAUUUUCCACAUGAAAUAACAAGCCAGGAUAUAGAUUUACCAGAGUAUCAGGGGACACCGGAAGAGGUGGCCACAGAGAAGAGUAAGCUUGCUGUACAGCAUAUAAAGGGGCCAUGCCUGGUUGAAGAUACUAGCCUUUGUUUCAAUGCAUUAGGUGGAUUACCUGGACCAUAUAUCAAAUGGUUUUUGUCCAAAAUUGGUCCUGAAGGCUUACACAAGAUGUUGGCAGGUUUUGAGGAUAAGACAGCCGAGGCGGUUUGUGUUUUUGCAUAUUGCUCAGGGGAACCAGGCUCAAAACCUGAACUUUUUAUAGGCCGGACACCAGGUUCCAUAGUUGAACCAAGAGGACCUAGAGACUUUGGUUGGGAUCCAUGUUUUCAACCAGAGGGAUAUGACCAAACAUAUGCUGAAAUGCCUAAAGUAGAAAAAAAUAAGAUAUCUCAUAGAGGGAGAGCAAUGGAACUUUUCAAAAAACAUUUUUCUGAGGAAAAGAAAUAGUUUUAUAAUAUUUUUAUUUGGUUAUGAAAUUAAUGAAGAUUUUCUGAUAUAAAGAUAUGACACGUUUUGUAUGUGAUCUAAUGCACCCAUAUUAAGAUUAAAGAAAGUCAAAUACAUGUAUGUUGUGAACACAAACUAUAAGGCAAUAAUCUGGUGCAUUCAAGGUUUCAUACUUUUUUUAACAUAGAAAA